CAGCAUGUCUAACAAAUAAAGUCAAGGAAGUUAUAAAGGGAAGAAGACUUCCUUCAGACAUUCUAAACUGUCUGAAAAAAUUUAAAAUUAACAAAUUGCCAGGGCCAGAUGGCAUAUACCCUAGAGUCCUUAAAGAACUCAAAUGUGAGAUUGCCGAGCUUCUUGCAAAAAUAUAACCAGGGAUCCAGGGGGAUCUGGGAAAUAACAGGCUGGUUAGCUUUUGUUGCAGGCAAACUGAUGGAGAACAUUCUCAAGAAUAAAAUUGUUAAGGAUAUAGAAGAACAGGUCCUGCUGAAGGAGAACCAGAAUGGCUUCUGCCAAGUGACUCCUUAUAUUAAAGCCAGACCGGUAGUGAAUGAGCCAAAAUGGGGGGAGUAAAGAUGCUCCCAGAAAUUAUGUAUGAUGCCAAAAUGCCUCGGAAAUCACCGUGGGGCGUAAUAAUUGAGAAACCGGAGAACAAGGAGGCUAGAAAUGUUCCAGAGUUCAGGAUGCCAAAGAGCACCUUGCACCAGAUUCCUCAAGUAACCUACCCACAACCUCCUUCAGUGUGGAGAACACACAGGCGUAAGCCUCGCUUUAUCCAACCUAGAAUAGUUGAGCAGCCUAAUCCAGCUAGUUUGAAGAAGCAAUGUAUGUAUCGAAAGAAGCUGGAGAAGGAGAAAUCCAAGUCCAUAAAGAAAAAGUCUGACUUUUUCCUCUCAAAGUUUACCAAGCUAGCAAAGCCUAAACAAAAAGGGACCUACAUUUGGGAUGAAAAGGUGGAACCAGAAAGGCUAAAGGCACUCAUAAAUCACUUAUCGUCCUCUGUAGAACUUGACCAACUCUAUGCGGCUCAGGCCCUUGGACACCUUGGGGUUGAUGAAGAAUAUGUUAUCUCAGCACUUUAUAAUACUCUCCAGGAAUGCAGCAGUUUGCCUUUGCAGUAUGAAGUAGCUCGGUCCCUGGCUUUGCUGGGUUGCCUUGAGGCCUCUGUCAUGAAAGUGCUAAUUAGACACUUGAAGGAGGUGAGCCUGCAUCGGAGAGAAGAUGCAUUGAUUGCUUUGAAGAUGGCUUUACAGGCAUGGUCAACAUUGCCUAAAUUUGAGGGGGGUCCCAUAGGUGCCCAAUCCAGUUUAAUCCGAAAUCUGCAGCGGUUGGUGAAUCUCCAAGAUCCUUUGGACAGCACAGCUUUCAAUGCAGCCAUUUGCUUGGGGUACCUGGACAAAUCAAAUCCAAUUGCUCGAGAGACAAUGUUUAUGUGUCUGGCCCAGAAAGACUGGAAGAAGAGAAUGCAGGCUUUGGUCAUGCUGGUAAGCCAAAUGGGCCUAGUGGAUGCCGUUAUCAUCCAGAGCAUUCUUGAGCAGCUUCGGCUUUCUCCUGUGUAUAAACACCGUGCUGACUCUGCACAACUGCUGGGCACUGUUGGGCUGGAAGCAAUCCAAGAGGAAGAAUUGGAGGAGGAUGUGUUUGACGUGCUUCUGGAGAAACUGUAUGAAGAACCACAUCUGGUAGUAAGGCAGUCAGUUGCCAUGGCUAUUGAAGAUUUGGAAAUGAAGAAGCAAGUCUGGGACAUUGUGGAGAAGCAGCUGAAGGAUGAGAGGGAGGACAUCCGAAGACAGGCAGUAAUUUCCUUAGGCGUCCUUGGCAUCCGCCUUAAAAGUGUGUUCUUUACCUUGCUGGAAAUGUUGGAACUAGACACCAGUGAAGAUGUUCGCAUACAGGUUAUCAGGACAUUUGCCACGUUGGGAAUGAACAAUGUACAUGUGAGGAAGAGCCUGAUGCACAAGGAACAAACAGAAGGAAUUCUAGCCAGGGAAUCUUCCAAAGCCUUGAAGAUCCUUGAUAAACUCUCUGGUGCCCAGAAAUACUUGAUGCUCCAAUCCUACAGGAUCCAGUGAGGUCUCAUUUUUUUGGAUGGCAAAACGGACACGAAGACAAGACGGAUGGAAUAAAGCAUGGCUUCUGGUUUU